AUGGAUCAAUUCAAGAUCGUCAAAGAGAUUGGACGAGGUGGAUAUGGUCGUGCUCUCCUAGUUAGAUCGCUUAAUAGCAAUGAUCUUAAAGUUGUUAAAGCAAUGAACCUAACAGGAAUGACUCAAGAAGCGAAAGAUACUGCAUUCAGAGAAGUAGAGAUACUUAGUACCCUUAAACAUACAAACAUCAUCAGAUACAGAGGUUGCACAAAACAAAAGCGGAAUCUUUAUAUCCUAAUGGAUUAUGCUGAUGGUGGUGACCUUUCUCAAGCCAUCAAACGCCAAGGAGUUGUAUUUUUCUCAGAAGACCAGAUUCUUGACUGGUUUGUUCAGAUAUGCCUCGCAAUGAAAUACUUACAUGAUAGAAAAAUAUUACACAGAGAUAUGAAACCACAAAACGUAUUUUUAUCAUCAGGAAAUAUCGUUAAACUUGGAGAUUUCGGUAUUGCAAAAACACUCGAACAUACAGGAGAUAUGGCGAAGACUUCAAUCGGAACACCACUUUACUGCUCCCCUGAAAUAUGCGUUGGCAAGAAAUACAACACUAAGAGCGACAUUUGGUCACUUGGCUGCGUUCUUUAUGAAUUGGCAAGUCUCAAACGACCAUUUACUGGAAGGAAUGUUGCAGAAAUCAUGAGAAAUGUCAUUGGAAAAACACCAAAGCCAAUCCCAGCCCAGUACAGUACGGAACUUCAGAGCUUGGUUGAAUCAAUGUUAAGGAAGAAUCCUGACGAAAGACCAUCAAUAAAUGAAAUCUUCCAAAUGCCUUUGAUCAGAAAUAAAGCCAUUGCUCUCCUCGGAAAGACACUUGCUGGCGAAGAGUUGAACCAUGGUGUUUUCCAUGGAGAAAAACCAGGAAAAACUCCCGAUCAGUUUAUCGAAAACGUAGAAUACAAUCUCAAUGCAGAACCUGCCUCAAAGAAUAAAGCAGGCAUUUACAAAGUCAUGAAAAAGAUGGCAGAAAAUCUUCAGAUGGUAAUUAAAGGUGACAAUUUAAUCGAUGUACCAGAAGAAGUCGAAGACAUGAGCUUGGGAGACUUCUACUUCAUGGGUAGAAAACUCAUCAUCAAGUCUGUACAUGUCAACGAUUCUCUUGGUUAUAAAGUAGAGUCAAUAAGAGUAUUUUUGGAAGAUUUGCUUGGAAUAGAAAAGUUCAAGCAGAUUUACGAUACCGCUUCGGAUGAGAAGAACACUCUUGGUGCUUUGGAAUUAUCAAAGUCCGAUGCCUAUGUUUUUCAGUUAAUUAUGCAAUUGGUCGCAUAUGAAAAGACGAUGGACAAGAACAACUCUGAAAAACCAAAGCAUGCAUGA